AUGUUUCCUAAAAUCCCAUUAGCUAAGGGCACCGUAACUCCUAACACUACAGCCAGCCACACCACCGCCGCUCCCGGGUUUAUAGACCAACUACUGAACAAGAUUCCCUUGCCAAGAUGGGCCAUUUACACCAUCUUUGCUGUCAUUGUCUUGAUGUUUUUGGUGUGUAUUAUCUGCAUCUGUGCGAAAUGCUGCUGCAAGAGCAAGAAAAAGAUAAAAAAGAAGCCGGACAAUCAAAUCAAUCUACAAGGGGUGAUUGGUUCCUCGACUACAUCGCUAGUCCAACAUGGCUCGGAUGAUGCAGGCUACGGCUCAGCUAAAAACCGGGGAAGACUACUCUAUUCUCUGGAAUACAAGGCACAAGAGCUGACAGUGGGGCUCAAAGAGGCUGCAGCUCUGACAGCCAUGGACCGGAGUGGCACCUCUGACCCCUAUGUUAAAGUCUACAUCACUCCCAACAAGUCAAAGACAUUCGAGACUAAGGUCUACAGGAAAACCCUCAACCCUGUGUUCAAUGAACACUUCACAUUUAAGAUUGACAAGGCUGAGCUCAAUGAGUCCACCAUAGUCAUGAAAGUGUUCGACUUCGAUAGAUUCUCCAAACACGACAUCAUCGGGGAGCUGAGGCUGCAGCUCGGAAUCAUCGACUGGAACCAUGUGAUCGAAGAGUGGGAAGACCUGAGAGAACCCUCCAAGUUUGAGGAUGAAAUUCUGGGGGAGAUCUGCUUCUCGUUGCGUUACGUCCCCACCACUAACAAGCUGACUGUUGUCAUCCUGGAAGCCAAGAACUUAAAGAGUAUGGACAAAGGGGGCUCAUCAGAUCCCUAUGUAAAAGUGCAGCUAGCUCUGGACAAGAAGAAGUGGAAGAGAAAGAAGACGUCUGUUAAAAAGUGCACACUGAAUCCCUACUUCAACGAAUCCUUUACGUUUGAUGUGUCGUUUGAACAAAUUCAAAGGGUUCACCUGAUGAUUUCCGUGUGGGACCAUGACAAGUUGACCAGGAACGACGCCAUAGGGAAGAUUUUCCUGGGUUGUGAUGCUGCAGGGAACCAGCUGAGGCACUGGGCAGACAUGCUGUCCAAUCCCCGUAGGCCUGUGGCUCAGUGGCACAACCUGCUUUCCAACGAACAAGUGGACUCCACCCUCAACCUCAAACACACAGUCAGGAUCCCCUUCAUCAAUAAGAACUUUUGAGAAAUGUUAGACUUGCCAGACUCAUGGCACUCAAGUGGCUGUGGGAAGAGGUUAGAGAAAAUCCUCCUCCAAUGCCCGACAUAACCAGAU